AUGGCACUCAUGGAAAAAGACAGUAUUUCUAUGGCAUUGGAAAAGUUAUCACUAAAAUUAAGUGGUGGCAGACAUGUCCAAGGAAUAUUGUGGGGCUCUGAUCCCUUUAUGAAUCUUGUGAUAGCUGAAUGUGUGGAGAUGGAAACUAGUGGGCAACAGAAUACUGGAGUGGUGGUAACACGAGGAAACAGUAUCAUCAUGUUAGAAGGCCUGGAACCAGUAUGAACAAUGGCUGUGUUCAGCAGAGAAAUCAACUGCUUCCACAUGUCCCCUCCACAUUUUACUAUGAUAAAAACUGGCUCGUGUACAUUUUAUUACUGAACAUUUUUAUUAAAUAAACUUUUGUAAUAGUGGAAAAAUACUCAUUAACCUGGAUGUUUAUGGAAUGGGGUGUUCUGGAUGCCUGAAGUGCUGACUGAUAGAGGAGGACUCAAAGCACUCCUUGUGACUGAAAAGCUCCUGAAAAUGUAAUACCUCAAUUAAUAGUAAACAAUUGUUUCCUGUGUGUCGGGUGUUGGGGCCUGGAAGUAUCUCUCCCAAAGAGGAGAAACCUAGGAAUCUGCUGCACAUUCAAGUCACUUGGUAAUUCAACAAAAUCAUUUCAUUCUCCAAUGAAAAGAAAUAGGACUUAGAGAAAAAGCUGAUUCUAGGUUAGGGACAGGAAAUACACAAGACAGGUCUGGACUAUCUUGUAGUACCAGAAACUAAGGAAGUGCUGUUAAAAACAAAACAAAACCCCUCAAAACACCAAUAAUGGGAGUAUGUAAAAGGCACACGGGCCAGAAAGAGCUCCCAAUGGCCAAAGCUGGAAGAGUUUGGGCAAGAAAAUGAAGUAGUACUGGAUUAAACCUAAAAUAUAAAAUAAACAGCCCAGAGUCCAGACUGAUAUAAAGAAAGGAGGGAGAAGACAAAUCCAUGCAGAACAAUUUCAAAUAGCUUAUGUAGCUACCCCGCACUCAUGGAGGGGCUGUAUAACCUGCCACGCCUUAAGCAUAGGCUACGCAGAGUGAAUUCUUUCCAAAGAGUACAGCGUGGUAAGGGGAAGGAAAGAGUCACUUUACACAGAGAACCCUGAAGAGCACUGCCUGAGCAGGUGAUCAAGGGCAACAUCAACUGUGACAAGCCAUCCUGACAAGCACCCAGCCCUGACAUAAGAAUGGUACUUUAUCUCUGUGGUCUUCCUCCCAAAAAUAAAUAACUCAUGAGAAAAACGUCAGACAAAUCCCAACUGAGGGACAUUCUACAGAACAUCUGACCCUCAAAACUCUCAAGGUCAUCAAAACAAAGUCUGAGAAACUGUCAGAGCUAACAGGAGCCUAAGGCUACAUGAUGACUAAAUGUAAUGUGAUAUCCUACAUGGGAUUCUGCAACGAGAAAAAGGCAUUAGUUAAAAACUAAGGAAAUGUAAAUAAAGUAUGGACUUUAGCUGCUCCAUGUAUCAACAUUGGUUCAUUAGCUACAGAGGAAACUGGGUAUAUGGGCAUUCUUUGUACUAUACUAUCUUCGUAAUAUUUCAGUAAAUCUAAAAUCAUUCUAUAACACAGUUUAUUUUAAAAAAAGACACUGCCUGCCCUCAUGGAACUGAGACUGCAACUGAAUAGAUAAGCACGUUAUGUGAUUCAGCAGAUUCUGUAACCAAAUAUGUGCAAAACCCUGUGGAGCAAGGUGGAGGCUGGGUGGGGAGGGCGGUUAGAAAAGGCUUUACAAAGGGAGGAGGGUGCAAGAUGAGAAGUUUUCCAAGCAGAUGGGGAGUCGGGUAGCAUGAAAACGAAAAGAGCUCAGAGGCCUGAGCACGAGGAGAGGUGGGAGAACAGAGGUGUUAAGCUUGGUGAGAGUAGAGGACACGUGCAAGGGAGUGGCCAGAACAAAAUGGUGGAGAGACCAGAAAGGGCAGGAAUGCAGGAGCUACUGGCUAGGUUUCAAGCACGAUCACCUCGCAGGUAAGCACAAGGCCCAUGGAGACACAUUAUCUGGGAUCAAAUCCCAGCCUGUCACUCACUCCCGCUAGCUCUACGGGUGCCAUUGCCACUUGGUCCCUAAGGUCAACUGUAAAAUGGGGAUAACGUCACUGCCUAUCUCACAGGGACGCUGUGAGGAUUAUGUUAGUUAAUACCUGCAAAGCACCUUAGAACUGGGGCUACACAAUAAAUGUUCAAUAAAUGCUAAGUAUUGUUAUUGUACAAGCAGAAGAAUGAAUGACAAUCCAACCUCUGUUUUAAAAAGAGCUUUGGAGGCUGUUCAAGGUGGGCGGCG